GUCCUUCCCACCACCAUCGUCCGAUUUCUCCUGGUACCGCUGUUACCCCUCAUUUGACCUCCGUCUUCACUAUGGGCUCUAUCGUAUAUCGGCAGUAUAGUGGCGAGUCUGAAUUACCUCAUAUAAUGGCACUCGUUCAACAUGAACUGAGUGAGCCGUAUGUUAUCUACACAUACCGGUAUUUCCUACAGCAAUGGCCACAUUUGGCUUUCCUAGCUUAUCCGAGCCAGUCCUCUGAUCCGGUGGGCGUGGUCGUGUGCAAGCAGAGUAUGCACAGAGAUGUCACGAACAGAGGCUAUAUCGCCAUGUUGAGUGUGCAUAAGAACUGGCGCAAGCGCGGUAUAGCCAGUUCGCUCGUGCGCCGGUCUAUCGAGGUCAUGAAGAAACACGGGGUUGAGGAGGUCGUGCUCGAGACGGAGUACGACAACUCCGCCGCCCUUUCUCUAUAUGAAUCCCUUGGGUUCAUACGCGAGAAGCGCCUAUACCGGUUCUACUUGAACGGCAAGGACGCGUUCCGGCUCGUGCUGGUGGUCCCCUCCCCAGACCUCGAAGAAGAGGAUACAGACCAGCGCAAACCCUUGCCCAUCCGGUUCCUCGCGCCGCCUCGGAUGAUCACUAUCCCUUCCCUGCCCUACGACUCCGACGACGAGGUCUCGUCGCGCUGAUCACUCCUCAUCCCUGCCACUCCACUCUAUUUGUCUUGCUUCUGCUUGCGAUGGUCUCUGUUCCUGCCUUCGACUUCACGGGAUCUUAACUGUUGUGUGUAACUUAUUAAUUGCUCCCGCCCUACUCACGUGUAUUAGUAGUAGCUCCAUAGGGUCUGUUGCAACAUG